UUUGAAAAUAUGGCGGCUGAGCAUCUGUGUAUAACGGAGCAAUGGAUUCGGGAGAAGCUUCGACUUCAGCAUAACUGCCUUGUGGAUGUCAAGUCCCUUUGUCUCCCGGGAUCAUACGAGGGGAAAAUCCGUCACCUUGGAAACUCUCUGAAGAACUUUGUCCGUCUGAAAAUCCUGGACCUUUCCCACAACGCUCUUGUCUCUGUUGAGGGUCUUCAGCACCUGAAGAUGCUGGAGCAGCUGAACCUGUACUACAACAGAAUCCCCUCGCUCCGAGAGGUGCUGGUCCUGCGCAAGCUGAAGGCGCUGAAAGAGCUGGACCUGCGGCUCAACCCUGUGGUGAAGAACAGUCCCGAGUAUCGCCUCCAUCUUGUGUAUGCGUUGUCCAACCUGCGUAAACUUGAUGACUGCCCAGUCCGGGACAGCGAGAGGAAAGCAUCCCUCCUGCAUUUUUCGUCUGACGCUGUAGCUGAGUCACGGCGAAUGCCCCAUUCACUUUCUGACUCAGGAGAUCAGAGGAGCAGUCAGCCCAGGAUGAAAUCAGUGAAUCGACUGGCCAGGAGCCGCUCUGUCCUGGACUACUCUGACGAAGCUGUGCUGAACCUGGUCGCCAAGAGCAACUGGGAUCUGAGCAAACCGCCAGCCCUCACCGGCUCUGCCAAUAAAGAGCCAGCAUCACAGCUCUAUCCUUUACAGGGUAACCUUGGAGAAGAUGUGUGCAGUUCUGAAAGCUCACCGUCUCCAAGGCAGGAUUCAUACAAAUCCAUCCUCAGGAUUCCUGAAGAAAUCAGAGACAAGCAGCGACCACUGCCUAACAUGGGGCCUUCGAGGGGCGUGGCCUUGAGCAGAGGUGACAGUUCAGUGAGAGCCACUGAUGGCUUGAGGGUCACCUUCAUCGACUCCAGUCAGACAAGAUGUCGCCCCGGGUCUGAACGGGGUGAGCCAGAAAGGUUCCAGGGGCAAUACAAAAUGCCAGCGAAGGUGAACUUCACCCCAAACCCCGUGACAAAUCAUCCCCCCAGUACCCAAGAUGCCACACGUCCUAGACUACCCCAGAACAGCCCCCAGGUCAAGCACCCAAUUGAAGGGCUUGUCCCAAACAGAGAGAACUCCAUCAAGGAACACCUGGAGUCUGUUGCCAAGGAAAGCUGUAGAAAACCUCUAGAGUUGUUGCUUGGCUUAGUGGACAAGCACUGGGAUGGGAAGAAAUCGCUUCAACGUGACCAUAAAUUCCUCACCCAGGCAGCUCAGAUUCUGAGCACACUGGAGCGAGAGGCCUUGAAUGGAGACGAGACCACGAAGCACCUCAGAGAGCAAGUGGAGGCUCUGAACUCUGAACGAGAGAGGCGGGAGAGGGAACACCAAGCACAGACUGAAAUUCUCUCCGCACAGCUAAAGCAGGCUGACAGCUCUAUAGAAGACCUGGAUCGACAGCUGAAGAACACCUUAGAAGAAAAUGUGUCUUUGCAGAAACAGUUGAUUGAAGUGGAACAGAGACUCUUGACGUGUGGGAUAAAUGGGGUUCCAGACACUGGACUCAUUGAGAAGGAGGCUGCCAAUGAGGAGCUGAAGAGGGAGCUGGAGCUGAUGAAGGGGGAGGUGGAGCAGCUGAGAGUGAGAGUGCAGCAGGGGGCGAAGGUGCAGGAGUUGGCAGACAUGCUGCAGGAGAGCCACAGAUCUCUGGUGUCCACCAACGAGCGCCUGCUGGCGGAGCUGGCGGAGAGCCGGGCGCGCCACAGGGCAGAGGUGGAGAAGCUUCACUUCAGCUUCAAUGAGCUGAGCAGGACCAUCAGCCUGGUGCCAGAGAUGAGCAAGAGGCUGAGACCAGAGGACAUGUGAGGAAUCUGUAUCCAUCUGCGGUCAGUUACUCUUUUAUGAGCCAGUCAGAAACCUUUGCUCUCUAAAUCCAAACAUGACAGAUAAUAAUAAAUGAGUUCCUGUAACACACUAUUCCAGCCAUCACAGGGUUUGUCAUUACUAGCUCCCUGUGUCUAUAUGUAUACAAGGAUGUACAGAAUCUAUUUUUGUAUAUGGGACCUCGUAUUGUGUACUAUGUAAAUAAUUGUAUUUUGGUUGUUUCUGAUUAAUUUAUUUAU